AUGAGUCCAACUUCUGAAAUCAAGUUCAGUGUCGAACCAGAGUUUUGUGAUGUCGACUGGGAUUUGGAAGAGCAAUGGACUCUGAAAGAUCUUAACUUAAAGUACUCGCUGGGUGUUGCAGCCAAAAUCGAUGGUGUUACCUAUGAGCAUGAAGUAUCCGAUUCCACGGAUCGAAUGAUCAUAUCGGGCCCCAAGGCUGAUCUAGAUAUAUUCAAAGAAAGCGUCCCUAAAAAGCAGCAUGUAAUCUUGUCUUUCUUGAUUCCGAACAGAUUACGUGGAAUCAUCAUUGGCUCAAGAGGUAGAUUGUUGAAGGAGACUUCGAGGAGACACCUGGUAACGAUAUCUGUUAAAAGACUACAGUGGGACCCUUUUGGUGACCGCUUUGGCAAAGUUCGUAAACCUCGUCGUAACAUUGCUGUCCCUACUUUCGCCAAUGACAAUAAUAACGUCUUCAAGUACCCUCAAAGAGCCUCAGUCAUUAUCGAGGGAACUUUACAAAACUGUCUUAAUGCAAAGCAUGAUAUCAUCGCUAAUAUAAUGAAGGCAAUCGAAAGAGUUGAAAUUUUGCUCGACUUCCCUUAUGAGUUGAAGCGGUGGAGUAAAUCUGUAACAGAGCCUGUCAUCGUUAGGUAUCCUGACAUAAAGUUCCGUCUUUGCCCAUCAGAACAGGGAGGAUUCGUACUCUUUACAAAAAAGGAAGUUCUUGUCGAAGCAGUUGCCUUGUUUCAACUGCAGUUGAAGGAGUUGCAGGGUAAUAUAGGUAUCUGUCUGGUACCGGUGCCACGAGCACUUCACGAACUCAUGCCCCAAUAUCUAAAUAGCUUUCCAGAUAUUGACAUUUAUUAUCCGCCAUUCAUCGAGCAUUCUAACUACGAGGAAUGUGGAAUCAAGUUGGCUGGUGAUCCCUCACAAAUUAGCCAGGCUAGCGACUACUUAAUGCGCUUCUCCACGAAGUUUGGUUUGUACGAAGUUGAUCUCGUCAAUCUCUUUUCCCACGAUAUACGUGUCUUGAAAGCGGUAGCACGCUUUUUUGGAAGACGGCCAUGGAAGUAUAGGCAGUAUGACAAUGUCCUAGUCCUUCUCCCAUCGCUUAAGCAUUUGUGUGAUAUAUCCAACCUCAGUGUUCCGUUAAAAAUUGUCAGGAGUAAAGGAUCUGAAAUGAAACUUGCAAUUAAAGGAGUUCUUCAAAAGUUUGAAAGCUUGUUGAAGGAGGAAAUUCACAUCGUUACUGGUCUAUGCAACUACCAAGUCUACACAGCGCUUCAAGAUCAUUGGCGGGGCAUUAAAUACUGCUCAUUGCCACGAUGGGGAAUCUUGUUUGGUUACAAGGAUGAAGAAUAUUCUGCGAGUGAACCAGAUGAGGAAAAUUCUUCGAAUCAUCUAGAUCAAAUGCGGCUCAACUCAGCGAUAAAGAAGAUCAAUGAAAUAAAAGCUCAAUUGGGAUAUAAUGAUGAUUAUAUUAUCACGAUUCCUCCGGCAGAUCAAGCAGCCAUGUUGAAUUCUGAUGGUUUGUUGAUGCCUGCAAUUAUGAAGAAUUUGCCCGGUUCGUUCGUGAAUCGAGUUCCUGAGAAUGAGGACGAAUUUGAAAUUUCUGUUGCAAAUGGAAACAUUGCACCAGUGAAACAGCUUAUCGAAAAAUACCAGAAAGAGGUUCAGGAUGUAAGAUCUGAGGGAUUUUUCAAAACAAGCUUUGAAGUUCCAUCCCAAUUGAUAACUGCUCUUAUACAAUACAGAUGCUUUAGAUGUCGUGACAUCAAAAAGCGUUUCGGAGUUGGUCUUCAAGUUCAUGAUUCUGGGAAAGCAAUGAGAUCUCGCACAAAUAUCUCAGACCAAACUUCAAAGACUCGAGUUACUAUUUCAGGAGUUCGGAUGCUUGUGAUGAAGGCCAGAGAAUAUCUUAUUGCAAAGGUCGAUUGUCUUAAAAAGGAACGAGUGAAGCGUAUCAAACUUGCAUCUACAUGGCAGUGUAGAGCUCCGGGAUUUAAUUUCUUGAGUUUCUCCAAGGUUGAAAAAGACUUUAGCGUCAAAAUUCGAUUAUAUUGUGAAACAAUGAAAGGUGUCUGGCCUCAUCCUUCCCAUGAAGAUGAGAUUACCAUCCAGGGUCCUAGUGACGCCUUUGAGAAGGUCGAGCAAGAAAUCGAUAAGCUUGUACAAUACGAAGCCGAUAAUGUUGAUUUCAUGACUUACGAGGUUCCAUUCUUCGCAAUUAAAAGAGCAAUGUUCGAACUAGAGCCGUGGUACAAAUCCAAGUUUGAAGGUUACGGUGUAGAGUAUCGCUGGGUUGAUGAGUAUGACGGCAGGUCGACAGGCACGUACAAGCUCGAGGCGUCAGGUUCCAAAGACAGGCUUGAUAAAAUGAGAGAUGAACUCGAUUAUCAAAUUGAGCAAGAAACCUUGAAUUACUCGGCUAUUAGCGCAAUCAUAAGGGUUCCCAGUGUGCUUCAACCUGAGCUCGAGACCUUUCAUCUCAACAAUAUUCUUGAAGAUACUUCAUGGAGUGACGAAAAUGAUUUGUUGGAACCAAUUGGAGAGGACUUCAUGUUGUCAGUAGGUGACGAGCUGUCAGUUGAAAAAGUAAUUCAUAGGAUUGAAGCGUGGACCAAAAAGACGAUAGAGUUAGAUAGGGAUAUGGGUUUUGAAUACAUCUAG